ACGGACAACCUUCGCCGGUGACCACCACGCCGGAGCUUGCAACCACCGCGCCGGGAAAGAGCUUACGUGUUUUCAUCCCGAUCUGGAUCAGAAUUUUUACACAAACACUUAAACCUGGGCUGUUGUCUUCAUCAAGUAUAGUGGGCAUUCUACUAUAGCAUUUUUUGGGGUUUGCUUCUUCGUGUUGCUACCAGGGACUGACAGGUGACACCUAUGUUGUAGGAAUGGUGGGUUUAUCUCUAGGAGAACAACAUUUCAUCCAAGGUGGCAUUGCUCAGGAUCUUCGCUGUGAUGGUAGAAAGAGAUUAACUUAUCGACCAAUCCAUGUUGAAACUGGAGUUAUUCCUCAGGCAAAUGGUUCGGCAAGAGUAAAAAUUGGUGCUACAGAGGUCAUUGCCAGUGUGAAGGCUGAACUUGGAAAACCAAGCUCAAUGCAACCUGACAAAGGGAAAGUCUUCAUAUACAUUGAUUGUAGUUCAACCGCAGAGCCUGCUUUUGAGGGAAGAGGGGGUGAAGAGUUGUCAGCAGAACUUUCAACUGCUCUUCAACGAUGUCUCUUGGGUGCUAAAAGUGGAGCAGGUGCUGGAAUCGACCGCACUUCUCUAGUUGUUGUCGAAGGAAAAAUUUGUUGGGAUCUUUAUAUUGAUGGACUUGUUGUCAGUUCAGAUGGAAAUUUGUUAGACGCUCUAGGUUCUGCCAUCAAGGCUGCUUUGAGCAAUACCGGUAUUCCAAGCGUCAAAGUUACUGCUGAUGCAUCAAGUGACGAGCAACCAGAAGUUGAUGUAAGUGACGAGGAGUUUCUGCAGUUUGACACAUCUGGAGUCCCUGUGAUAAUUACACUGACUAAGAUUGGGAGGCACUAUAUUGUGGAUGCCACGCCUGAAGAGGAAUCACAAAUGAGCUCUGCAGUUUCUAUCUCUAUUAACAGGAAAGGGCACAUCUGUGGUAUAACCAAACGAGGAGGUGCAGGGUUGGAUCCAAGUGUCAUUCUUGAUAUGGUAUCUGUGGCUAAGCAUGUAAGCGAGCAGUUAAUGAAUAAGUUGGAUUCAGAAAUAGCUUCUGCUGAAGCUGAAGACGAGUCAUGAUGUAGAUAUUAGUGAUCACUAGGAUGUGUUGUACACUAAUAUAUUCAGUCAUUGACUUGGACAAAAUUUGUAAUUUGGUAGUUCUUGCCAAGUAGGUGUACACUAUAGAUAUUAGAGAUGGUUGUUUGAUGCCAUGAAGAUUUUAAAUUGUGGUAGAGAGUGAUGCAUUUUUGGUAGCCAUGUAACGUUCUUGUAUGACAUGCACUUCGUGAUGAAAUUAGUACAUUUUAAGGUUA